AUUUUGAGAAUUGUUGAUGCUUGAUGCAGGUACACCUGGCGUGGGCAAGAGUUUAAUGUCGCGUAUGUUAUCGGAGAAAACCGGCUUAGAGUGGCUCGAUGUCAGUAAACUAGCCAUCGAAAAUGAAUGCCUAGAUGCGUACGACGAGGUAUAUCAAUGCAGCGUGUUGGACGAGGAUAAGUUACUAGACAGUAUGGAGGGUCCUAUGAGUGAAGGAGGAAAAAUCGUUGACUAUCAUAGUGUCGAGUUCUUCCCUGAAAGGUGGUUCGACAUCGUAUUUGUACUUAGAACAGACAACACUAUUCUAUAUGAUCGUCUAAAGGAAAGAGGCUAUUGCGGGAAGAAAUUGGAGGACAAUAUAGACUGCGAAAUUUUUCAAACUAUUCUUGAAGAAGCGAGAGCUUCCUACAGGGAAGAAAUAGUACACGAAUUAAUAAGCAAUACAUUAGAUCAGUUGACCGAUAAUGUAAAUAGAAUAUGUCAGUGGUUGGAACAGUGGAAAAUAGAUAAUCAACAAACUUGAGGAGAUACUUAUUUCUUAUCAGGCUAAUUUUCAU